AAUAAAUCUAAAUGACAUUUAAACCUAAUCAAGUUGGACAACACUGAACUAAAUACAAAAGUGAUUUGGUCUUUGUUGUUAGGAUUGGAAGUUUGGUGCAAGUAUUUGAGAUAUACCAAAUACCGUGCCAAAUUUAUCACUAUUUGGUAUUAUCGAAUACCGGCUUAUUUUUUAGGGAUUGAGAUUGUGAUUCAUUUUGGAGUGUUAUUCGGUAUUCGAAACUAUGAGAUUGGGAUCGGUAUAUACCGAAAUACCGAAAAAUACAAAUUAAUAAAAUAUAGCACACCACCUUUUUUCAUUUCUCACUCUUUCACAACUUAGAAGCCCCCCAUCCAACUCAAUUUUGACUUUCCAUUUUAAGUCACUCUCGUCUCUUACCUAAUCUCUUGCUAUUUUCAUAAAACUAAAAAGCAAACACUAGUAUUAGUCGUCUCCCAGCCUCUAAUUCGUCAAAUUAAAGAUUACCAAUAACAAAAAUUUGAGAUGUCACAUCUUCUCCAUUCUCCUUACCCAUAUCCUAGUUAUAGGCAAACUCAAGACUAUUUGUUUAGUCUCUUUGCCUUAAAUUAAACAAUCAAAUCUAAUUUAUAUAUUUAAUUAUUAAUUACAAAGUUAAUUAAUUUUGUAUUCCAUAAUACCAAUUGGGAUAUCGAAGUAUCGAUUGGUAUAACAAAAUAUUUAGCGAUUGGGAUUGAGAUAUCGAAAUUAUUUAGCGAUUGGGAUUGAGAUUGAUUUUAGGGUGUAUUUCGAUAUCGGGAUUUCAGUAUUUGGUACUGGCAUAUCGAUAUCGUACCGAUUUCCACCCCUAUUUGUAGAUAUGAUUUGAAUCGGGUUACCUGUCGUUGACUGAAAGUCACGUGGGUCCCCCUGUCCGGUCAGCGAGUCAGGGUCCAGGGACGAAGCGUACGGUCAGGGAGCUCGGGGGAACAAGGUCUCGCCUACACGAUGUAUGGGCUUCUGUUUUGUAACCUUAUUCAUUACCAGGUUGUUUUAGGGUUAGGUCGUUAAAGAAGUAAUACAUAUAAUUCUCAUACUCUUUGGUAAUUUGUAAUCCACUCAAGUAUAGUAAAGUUGAUUCUUUUCCACUAGUAGACUAACUAACACAUAACACACAUAGUGUUCUCGACUACUAUGAAUUUGAUUCGAUCUGAUCUGAACCGAACCGGACAGUUGCACAGACCUAGGCACCUAGCCACGUCGCCCCUGUUAUCUCAAAACUUUACCAUGCUACCCUUUCCGACGCUCCAAAAGUCCAAACACACAGUCAGUCAGUCAGUCAAGUGGUCUGUCAUUCAGGGUUUCUGCCGCUUCCCUGAAUCCUUCCCGCGCCCGCCAAAAUGACUAAGCCCCGCCCUCUUCCUCAAGUAACAAGUGCUGUCGCCACGUGUGCACCAUCUUUCAAUCUCAGCCAUCCACGUCUUUCGCCUCGCAGCUGGCGGUUCCCGCCACCACAUGGCACCACCUCAGCAUUCAGCAACCCCUUCGCCUCUUUUUAAAUCCACAGCAUCGAAGCUCUCUCCGUUCUGUGAUUUUCUUCUUCUUCUUCUUCUUCUUCUUCUUUGCAGCCCGUCUUAAGAAGUUCGUUCUUGUUGUUAAAAAACAAAAUAAUUCAGCUCUAGGUGAAACAAUACUUGAAUUACACAGAAAAAGGGAGAAAGAACCCGUUAGAAAUUGCAAUGGUUUCUUCUUCCCCAUUCGAUUUGGCGAAGAAGACGAAGAAUGUCCGAACCCACGCGAGGAACAACAACUCCAGCAGAACGCCGCGCUGUUUGAAGAAAAUGGAGAGGAUCAGGCACUCGUCCGACCCCGACGUAGAAUCCACGACCGAGGAAUUGCCAGCGCCAUCCAUCACGAAGAGCAGGGCACCACCGCCGGCGGCGAGCCACUCGCACGGAGUGGUGUCGGUGAUAGGCCGGAAGAGGACGAUGGCCGACGCGGUGAAGCUGGUGCCGCGGCUGGAGAUCGGCGGGCUCGAGAGUCAAUUCGACUUCUUCGCCGUCUACAGCGGCCGCGAGGCCGCCCUAUGCCGGAGCAGGAUGCAUCUCAUUGUGGCGAUGGAGGCGGAGAAGAUGAAUUGUAGUCGCGCAGCAGGGGAAUCAUGCAGGGGAUGGGAUUACUGGAACAGAGUGAUGCAGAGCAGCUUCGAGGGUAUCGAGGAGGAGACUCGCGAUGCGGCGGCGGAAGGAGGGAAAUCCGGGCGGUGGACCGUGGUGAUGGUGGGGAAGGAAGAGCUAGUGGUGGCUAGCAACAGCACAUCCGCCGGAGAUUGCAGAGCGGUUCUGUAUCGCGGCGGAAUCGCCCUGCCUCUGUCCCGCGAUGAUGAUCAUGACAAAGUAAAGUCCUACGAUCUCUCAACCUUGUCAAAAUGCAAAAGAACAGGAAAGAGGCAGGUUGGGUUCGGAUGCCCGCACCCGCAUAUCAAAUUCAAUCCAAUUAUGAAACGAAUUAGGUCUCUCUCCAUUGCGACUACCUCUAGGCUUAGACGUCAUUUGCACAAACCGGUGCAGGAUACAGAGCGAAUGCAGGGGAAGGGCAUAGGCUGGAACCUCAACCGCAGCGUCGUUGGAGUUAUUGGAGAUUGUGAUCAUGAUCGUCAUCAUCGUGUGAAGCCGGAGGUGACGGUUAGGGAGCGGGGCGAGUCGGAGGAGGGGGAAUUUGUGGUGAUAGGGUCGAAGGGGUUGUGGGAUGUGGUGUCUAGUGAGCUGGCCUGUGAUAUCGUCGCGAAAUGCUUCAACGGCGGGAUGAGGAUGAGAUUUGCCGACGACACUACGGAGAACUGUGCGCCGGCCGCGGCGGCGUUUCUGGCUGAACUGGCGAUGGCUCGAGGGAGCCGGGAUAAUGUCAGUGUUAUAGUUGUGAAGCUGUAGAUAUAUAGAAUCCAUAGAUAGGGAAGGUAGGGAGUGGGGGGAAAAAAAAUAAAGGGCCUAAAAGUAGGUGGAAUAAAGUUUAGGUACCAAU